AAAGUGCGGCUUGACCACAAACAGUCUUUGUUUUCCACUUCCGCCAUUUUUAAAGCAGCAUCGCGCAAUUAAUGCGGCCUUCGGCUAUGGUCGGCGUCGGUUUGGCCUUCAAGUUCCGUGUAAACAAGGGACUAAUGAACUUGCCGGUAAUGUUGAGCGCGGCGCGGUGAUAAGCUACGCGAGGUCUCUGGCCUAUCUCAUGAAAACGACGCUACAAAAUGGAGAGAGAAAUUUUGUUCGGCGAUCGCCUGCACCUUCCCAGCGGCGGCGGUGGUUCGUCGUGCGAAGUCGAACUCCUGAAGCUCUUGCGAGACGUCGACCUCGCCGUGUUGGAGAAGCACCGGCGUUGGAAGACCCGUCUUGCCGACGCUGAGGACGCCCUAGAGAGGCGCGAGGCCGAGCUGAAGCGGGCGAAGCAGGACCUCGCUUCAAGUCGCGAAGAGGUCUCGCAACUACGGGAGCGCGUCGCCUACCUCGAGUCGUUGCAGGGCGAUUUGGUAGCCAAAUACGACCGACGCAUCGGUGAGCUCAAGGAAGACGUGAGCCGAAUCAAGAAGCGCUACGGGGACCUCAAGGCUGCCGCAGCAGUUGGCGGCUGCCGCGACUGUCAGUCGCGUGGCGCCCGGGCGCCUUCCGCGUCAUCGGAAGCCGCCGACUUCUGGAAGAACCGGGCGGUGGAGCUCGAGAAAGAAGUCGCUAGCCUCCGGGAGAGGACCUGCAGGGACGACAGGGCGCCGAAGAGUAGCAGUACGUCCAGGGAACGGGAUCUGGAACGGGUCGUCUCGGAAAAAGACGGAGUGAUCGACAGACUCACCGAUAAGGUGACCCAGCUGACCAAGCGUCUUCGUCAGGUCGAAAGUGCCGCGGCGGCUGUGAUGACGCCGGCCGGAGCCAGAAGCUGGGAUUCUCCCGACCUCGUCGAAGAGUACCUCAGGACCUGUCAGGACGACAGGGCGCUGAAGAACGCCGCGGAACUGCGCAUUAAGAUCGAACGACACAUGCAGGAAUUCACGGCCAGAAUGGAGCAGGACAAGCGGACGCUGUAGUUGUACAAACAUUUAUGAUGGUGUUUUUAUCAACGUGUACUUCGCUACCCCCAUCCUUCUUUUGUACCAUUGUUUUUUUAUUCUAUUUGUGUUUGUCGCAAUAAAUAUAAAUCU